AUGACUCCAGAUGACAUAAAGCUAUCAGCGGACAAUUGCAUCGGUCACUUGGAGCAGCAUGGCUGUGGCUUGGUGCGGGAUGUGCUAAGUCCUGAUCUUUGCAAGCGAUUGCAAGCACUUGUGGACGACCAUCUCGAAGCAGCACAGAGUGCCAUUUCUGCAGAAAGUGACGCAGACCGUCGUCAGAACUUGCUGCAGCAGCAUUUCGGUACCGUGCGUGACCGUCAGCACCGGUGGGACUUGAAGCUACCAUUGAGUGAGACUGUUGAGGAAGCGGUGCGUCAAGCAGUGCAGGCCUUGCGCUGCCUGCUCUACGGGACAGUUCAGGCCGAUGGUGUGCUGGUUGAACUCUCGUGUUUGAUAACUGAUCCCGGAGCACCCAGACAAAAUGUACAUGUGGACACUGGUGGCUGGAAGACGGCCUGUGCUCCGUUGCUGACUGUCUUUAUAGCAUUGCAAGAUAUUUCCCCUGAGAUGGGGCCUACGAUACUUUUUCCUGGCACGCAUGAUGACCCGUAUCUUCAGCAGUGGCUCUCCAUAAUGCCUGGGGCUGAGAGGUCUCCGGAACAGUUUGGAGGUGGCCAACAUGCUACUUGCCAACAAGGUUCGGCCGUUUUGAUGAAUUCCCGACUGCUCCACUGUGGCGGCUCAAAUCUGCCAGCAGAGUCUGGGGGUUCUAGAAGACGUUUGUUCUACAUGACCUGGCAGAAGCCGGGAAACACCAACCAUGGGUCCACCUACACGAUCCGGGAUGACCUCGUGGGCAAGUUCCGUGCUCUGGAUUUCCUAUCUCAUCCUCUCAGAUGUUCUUUGACGGCAAAGGAAGAUCGCAUCGGUCUGGAAGUAUUGGCAAAACGGAAGGAUGACAUUCAGGCAAUGCUGGAGUUUGCCAUCUGCUUACGGAGGGAGGAGGAUCCUGGUGCUGUGGAGUGGCUUCGGGCGACGGGUCGCAAGGGCCACCCUCUCGCUUGCAUGCACUUGGCUGAGAUGUACUGUUUGGGUGAACUGGGAUUGGAAACAAACUACGAUGCUGCAGAUGAGCUGCGGAAGUUUGCGCUGGGAAUUUUCGACCACCUAGCUGACAGGUCUGAUUCGAAGCCCUCGUUCCAGGAGUUUCUUGAUAAACAUGCAGGGGUCUUUCGUCAAGACUUGCUGUUUUGA